GGAAUCUUGUCAUUGCCUCUUCAGACAGUCACUAGACUCAGACCGAGGUAUUCAGACCUUGAAAUAAUUUCUAUUUAAACUUUCUAACUAAACCCGUUGACCUCGUAACCCUGAGAAGGAUGAAUAACCUCUGGAAAGCAGUGACUGUCCUGAGCGCCUUCAUCGCAGCAGCACACUGCCUGAGGUGCCGUCAGUGUCCUGUUGGCAUAUUUGGGACGUGCUUGCUGGGGAGUGAUGUCACAUGCAAUAAUGCAACUGAGAGCUGUUAUACCGGAGAAGCACAGUUCAACGCUACAGGGACGCUCACCCUGCACACCCGCGGCUGCCUGGACUCAGACCUGUGUGGGAGGACACUGACUGGCACCAUCGCUGGCGCUGGUUACACCAGCAGUUUCCAGUGCUGUACCACAGAUCUGUGCAAUGGAGCCUCCUCUGUGCAGAUCUCCCUGACUGUGGCCCUUUGUGCUGCCGUCCUGUCCUCUCUGUGGGGCACCUGGGAGUUGUAGUUUUACAUGAUCUGCCCAUGUUUCCACUGUUGGUGUGGAUUUUUACUGUUUGUACUAGUUCAGUAUUAAUCAGUAUACUCCUAACAUUGAUUUGUCCUAUGUACCUACUAAUGAACUAUUUUAAUUUGAAUUUGAAAUCCACGAAGCAUCAUUAAAAAAGUCAUUAUAA